AUGAUGUCCUCAUCGAAGCCGCCUUGUUAUAUAAUAUGCCGAGGCUUGCUUAGGUCCAUCCGCUCCGUCAUUGUUCAGAGGGUAUCUACCCUCUUCUUACUGCGAUAUACCCAGAUCUCGAAAGGAUCAAUCCGUUUUCUUUCCUUCUUGGCCAGUGCCCAUGAGUUUCUCCUGUACCUGAAGAUGGCGAAAUCACUGCCUCGUAGAUUUGGAAUAAUUUCCCUGUUACAUAUCUAUCUAUCUAUCUAUCUAUCUAUCUAUCUAUCUAUCUAUCUAUCUAAGGCUGAUUAUAUCUAUCUAUCUAUUUCAAUCUUAGCUAAUUCUGUUCAUAUCUAUCUAUCUAUCUAUCUAUCUAAGGCUGAUUAUAUCUAUCUAUCUAUCUAUCUAUCUAUCUAUCUAUUUCAAUCUGUCAUAAGUAGCCAAUUCUGUUCAUAUCUAUCUAUCUAUCUAAGGCUGAUUAUAUCUAUCUAUCUAUCUAUCUAUCUAUCUAUCUAUCUAUCUAUCUAUCUGAGUGACUCUUUUCAUUCUAUUCUUUUACUUGAUAUGUUUGUGUCCCUCUGUUUUUUAGUUCCCCCCUUUCUAUUUCUUAAUUUAUUGCAUUUUCUAUUUUUUCUUGCUUUUAUUUGA